GGUGUAAACACGUGGUGUAAGCAACUGCCACAAUGGCAGAUUUAACAAAGAUUACUCCGUUGUUUUUCUUGCUCCUACUUUGCAAAAAGUCAAUUACUGUUGAGAAUGAAUCGAAGGAGGAACUAGUCGAGUCUGAGUCAAAAGACGGGAACCUUGAAAUAAUCAAACAAAUUAAGAAAGUCAAUGAUGAUGGAUCGUACACUAUAGGUUACGAAGCCGAUGAUGGAUCGUUCAAAAUUGAGAGUCGAGACGUUUUAGGGAAUAUUAAAGGAACUUACGGGUUUAUAGACGACUCAGGACAAAUUAAAAGAGUGUCUUACAGUACCAGUAAUUCUAGUGAAGUUUUACCAAAACCGGAUUUACCAUCCGUUGUCCAACGAAUUCCAAAGACAAAUCGUACUCAAAUCUACACUUCGUCGACUAAACGUCCUUUUUAUUCCACGACUCAGUCAACUCCGACCAGCACAACAGCUCUUCAAAGACUUGCCAAAUUAAGAAGCCAAUCAACCACAACCACCGAGAAACCCAACUACAGCGAAGUUGUUAAUAUGGAGAGCGAAAUUGUCAAAACGACAAGCAAACCUCACAUAGUUUACCCUAGUUCAACCCCAAGGAUUUUGCUACAAGGUAGAUCAACAGUCAGAUCGACUGUUGCAACACACACACAAACACAAAAAUCUGAAGGUCAGUUAAUUAGACCGGAAGUUGUAACAGCUAGACCAACAGAAUUGCCAUUGUUUCGACGACUUGCCUUAAAACACCCACUUUUGAAUGAUGACAAACAUGUGGACCAAUCUGAAGGCAGGAGUAACAUUUUGAGGAGACAAUUGUCGCAAGAGAAGUCGAAUUUUGAUCCCCAACAACACGUUUUUAUGUUACAACAAGCUCUAGGUAGUGAUGCUACUGAUGUAUAUAGUGGUUCGGUUACCACUGGGACUCCUAGACCUUUGUUUACGACGACGUCGCGUCCUAGAGCUCUUUUAAGUACCACCACAACUCCAACAGUGGUUUCAAGACCAACAAUACGAUAUCCUGUCAAUUACCAAAGAAAUGUUUUGCAAGACUUAGAAAGUAAUACUCAGGAGUAUGCUCAAGAAACGACAACGACUGAAGCAACAGUGAAUGAUGCUACACCAACUUCAGUUCCGGUGGUGCAAAUCCCGGCUAAUAGAGCCACUCAGGAUCCUCUCGUUGCAAUUAGACACCCUUUCCAAAGAGGUACUAUUUUGGUACCUUUGAGUCAAUUGCAAGGAAGAGUGGUUCCAGUUGAUAUAAAUGAUAAUCAAUACGAAUAUGUCAAAGAGACGACCCCAAAACCGGUUGAACCACGACCAAUUUAUGUAAGGAGGUUACCACCACCUCAUUUUAGACCAAUUCCGGUUCAAGUUGACGAAAAUGGUUUUAUUCGAGAAGUGCAAAGACAACCAAAUCAACCAGUACCAUACCCAGUUCCAGUUCCCGUAGCACCACCCCAUGAGGUAGACAAUGACAUUGACGAAAUUAGUCCUCCUGUUAGUACCAGAGAUUUCCAGAAGCUUUUGCACCAACUCAUUUUGAGACAAACCCGAUUGGAACGUAUCAGUGCUUUGACUGACCCUCGCCGCCACCCAGAGUACUACCAACAGCGCUAUCGACCAGUCUAUCGCCCAACACCUGUCCCAUAUUACCAACAAAACGGCCCUGUACAAUUUUUACAAGACGAAAAUUUGCAACAAAGACAAAGACAAUACGUCCAUAUCCCCAGUGACCAACAAGUUGCAAUUCGUCAACAGCAACGCCAAGACCAGGAAGUUUACAACCAAAAUGGACAGUCUUACAUCCCCACAAGACGGGUGGCAAGACUGUUGCAACCAGGUGAAGAACAACGUCAAGAGAACAAAGAGGAGUAUCUUCCUCCAGAUGUCCGAGAAAUGCUCUUGUUGAGGAUGCUUCAACUUGCCAUAAAUCCAGCAUUGCCGUUGAGCGAAGAUGAGAUGGGGCAAGGUACCACUCCAGUACCACAAUACAAGAAAGUUCCAGUGCGAAAUGUUGAAAUCUUGGGGGAGGAACCCGAAGAGAAACGACCUGGGAGGAGUAAAAGGUACAAAGAACCACAUAUGGAUUAUUACGAACAAUAGUUGCGUGUUGGUACCAUUUGCUAUCUUAAUAUUUAUGGGACAAUGUCAGUUUUUAUUGCAAAAAUGCAAAAUUAUGUAAAGUAGGUAUUAAAAUCAUCUUAGUUCACAAUCAUGCAAGUAUUUAUUAGCAUGCUCAUUAUCAUUACCUACUUAUCAAAAUUAAGGGUAAUGCACGACUUGUGUUAUCUAAUUUAGUUUUCAAUUUUGUAGCAAGCGCAAUGUUUGGUGAUAUUUUUGUACAUAUUUAUUGUUCAUUUUUUACUUAUUUUGUAUUUAGUUAGGCCACUGUAUAAUUAAUAGAUUGCAUGCUUCAAUUAUGUAAAUAUUGCGCAACCAUUACCAAAGAUGUGAAUACUUUACGUGGGAACUUAUCUACAUGUCGUUUCUUUUUGAACUGUUCUAUUAUUACAAUAAAACAAUUAAU